ACAGCCAGACGGGCAGUCGGCGGCGCGGGGGUUUGCCGGCCGCGCUGGGUCGGGGUGCGCAGGCGCAGUGCGGGAGCGCUGCUUCCGUGGCUCGGCGCCCCUCACGGAGCUCUCCUGAGGGGCCAUGGCCGGGCCGCGGGUGGCGGCCGUGGAAGCGCUGGUACGGGAGCUGCUGAAGGAAGAGGCGCCGUCCCGCAUCGCCGCCCUCACGGAGGAGCUGUUUCGGGCGGCGGAGAGCAUCUCUGAAGAGGACGGGAAGGUGGCGGAGGGAGAGCCCCCCGCUCCCAACCCGUCUGACGAAACGGGGGGUGCAUGUGCUUCCCACCCCACAGCCCUGGCCCAGGUUGAAGAGAGUGCAGUCAGCUUGUGGAACUGGACAGUGACCAAACACACGGGUGCUGUUAUCAGCGAUGAGCAAAGAGCCAAAUUGCGGUUUGUUGCCUGCAGACUGAUUUGCCUUUGUGAGGGCAGCGAUCCUCCGGAGGGAACCAUCCGAAGGCAGAUUCUGAUGUCUAUGAAAACUGGGAAAGGAUGGAUAGAUAUUGGAAAAGCUGGUCUUGCAGAUGGAUUUCUAGAGAAUGCCAUGAAUAGUAUAGAGAAGCUGUAUGCCAAGUUACGGAAGGGGAGCGAGGGUGAAGCAGAUAUUCAUGUGCACAGAGCUGAUGUGGAGAAGAGCCUUUUCAAAGUACUCUCUUACCAAGCUGAAUCAGCUGUUGCUCAGGGGGACUUUCAGAAAGCAGUGAUGUGCGUGCAGCGCUGCAAAGAUAUGCUGAUGAAAUUGCCAAAAGAAACCUGUUACCUGUCAAUCCUCUGUUACAAUUUUGGAGUGGAAACCUAUGAACGGAAGAGAUAUGAACAGAGCUCCUUCUGGCUCAGCCAGAGUUAUGACAUUGGGAAGAUGGACAUGAAACAUUCUGUUGGCAAAGAAAUGCAGGCUAAAGUGCUGAGGCUGUUAGCCACGACCUAUUUUGAGUGGGAUUGCAGCCUGUACCUGGACAAGGCAUUGAAAGCCAUAAACUUGGCAAAUCAGGAGAAUUUGCACCCAGCAGGGUUUUUUUUGAAAGUUAAAAUUCUUCUUAAAAGUGGAGCAUCAGAUGAAGAUAUUAACUCAGCUCUUGCAGAAUUCACACACUUUGAGAUGUCCUUAGACUUCUGUUUGAAUACUGCCAAACUGCUGCUGGAGCAUGGAAGGGAAUCAGUUGGUUUUGAUUUUCUGAAAUCUGUUCCUGAACGAUUUGAAUCUUCACCUCACCUUGGAAAAAUUACCCUGCUCCACAUCGAGUUCCUGCUGCAGAAUAAGAGGGAGCUGCUCGCUAAGCAAAAGAUUGAAGAAGUUAUUAUAGGUCAUUAUACUGGCAAACAGCUGUUGCCUGAAGCCUUGAAUCAGCUGCACAUCAUCUUGUGGGACAGAGCUGCCAAACAUUAUGAGGAGAAAAGCUAUUCUGAAGCCCUUCACUGGUACAAUUAUUCUGUCAGCUUCUAUACACCUGGGCAGAUAGACCAGAACUUGGCUAAGCUGCAGAGGAACAUGGCUUCUUGCUAUCUUCACCUGAAACAAGUUGACAAGGCUAAAGAGGCAGUUAAACAAGCAGAAAGGUGUGAUCCAAACAGCAUCUUUACUAAAUUCAGUGUCUAUAAGAUUGCAGUGUUGGAGAACGAUACUGAUAAAGCUAUGGAAGCAGUUAUUGAAAUGGGGAAACUAGCAGAAAAGCCACCAGAACAUGAAGACAAGCUGAGAGUGGAUAAAAAUACAGGCAGCAACCUCUUGAGUUUAGCUGCCCAAAUUGCUUUAGAGAAUGACCAACAAAUUGUGGCUAUCAAAGCUUUGGAGUAUUUGUCUGAACAUUUACAAGACUGCCGACAAUUAUUUACAUCCUUAAAAUGUUUGGUCCGUCUGAUGUUAUCAAAAAUCAUGGCAGAAAAUUCAGAGAAAAGAGAUGAAGAUAUCAACUCCAUACUGACUUACUUGAACUUGGCUCACAAGAAACUUGCUGAGUCUUUCACAGAAGAGAAAUUCACAGGGGACAUGAGGAUCCUUGAAGCUCACUGGUUCAGAAAAGUUGCUUGGAACUUAGCUGUACAGUUCAAGGACAGCCCUGAAAAGAUGAGGGAUUUUUUUGUACUGUCUUACAAGCUGUCCCAGUUUUGUCCCUCUGACAAAGCUGUUCUGAUUGCUCAGAAGACAUGCCUGCUAAUGGCAGCUGCAGUUGAUCUGGAGAUGGGGAGACAACAAGUAACACCUUCAGAACAGACGGAGCAUUUUAGUCAGGCCCUUCAACAUCUUCAGACAUGCAAGGAGGUAUGGAAGGUGCUGAAAUUAACAGGAGAUUUUGCUAAAGACCCAACAGACACCUUGUUGCUGCUUUAUGAAUUUGAAGCAAGAUCCAAACUGAAUGAUCCAACACUUCACAAUCUUAUGGAGUCAGUUUGGGAGCAACCCCAAAUAGAGAUCAAGACACUUGAAAUCAUUGCAUCAUUAGCAAUGGAACCUCCAGCUCGGUAUCCUGUACUGUGUAAGAAAGCUCUCAAGAGUGCACUAAACCUUCACAGAAAGGAGGCUGUCAUUGAUGCUGUGAAAUUUAGCAAAUGCUUACACAGUUUGAUUAACAUCUCUUUGCCAAGUGGAUUGACAGACUUGGAUACCUGUGUGCUGCAGGAGGUGUGGGACUACUUUGAAGAUGCUCUGAGUGUAAUCAGCAGCACAGAUGCUUACCCAGAGAUGGAGAUCCUUUGGUUGAUGACAAGAGCUUGGAACACAGGAAUAUUUCAGUACACUGUUGGUAAAUACAAGGAAGCUGAGCAGUGGUGUGGAUUGGGAAUGAGGUUCCUCAAUCACUUGGGCUCUCUGAAGAAGACCUAUGAAGGCCAUAUGGUUGGCCUUUAUAGUGAGGUUCUGGACAAGCUGGACAGAGCAAAAGGAUUUAUUCCAAAUGAAGAAUAAUGACAGCUACAAGUACAAAAAAAAAGGAAAGCAGUCUCUCUUGGAAGCGUUGUGCUGAAUGAGAGGCUGUUAGCUCUGUGAAGGCACAGGGCCAUGGGAGCAGUGGGAAUGAAACCAG